UGAUGCUUUUCGAUUGCCAACUGAGCAACGUGACGCAGCUGCGGCGGAUUGUGUCUGCCUUCCCCGGCUUGCACACCUCACGGUGCAAAAUCUUGAUUUUGCUCAGCAAGAUGCUGCCAGCUACGCGGGAGCCUCACUAUUUCAAGCACCAUCUCACACUCGUCUUCGACGUCUUGAGGUCCGCGUGGAACAUGAACAGAUGGUGAUGUUCCUCGACUGGAUAACACGCUCAGGCCUCUGCACCUCACUUGCGGAUCUGUCAAUCUCCACAAACUAUUCCACCCCAGCCCCGACACCCCUGAACCGACUCCUGGAAACGACGGGCGCAUCGUUGACCCGUUUUGACGAGGAUCACUAUGGGUUGGAUCCCUGGCCUCACGGAAAUCUGCUGCACAACACCAACUUGCAGACCUUGGAUUUCAGGCUGUAUCGCAUCACUCACGAUGAUAAAUCCCAGAGGCGUCCGAGUCACGCGGCGUGGACUGAGGCAACACGCGAGUUACAUGGCGUCUUCUCCUCCAUCCGAAGCCGUCGGCUCGAGCACAUCGAGGUCGCCGUUGGAAUUCAGGUCAUGCACAGUACUCUCGAGCCUGCGCAGCCCAACGACGUCCUCGAAAAGCUCGACCUUCGGGAUCUGCACGACGUCAUGAGCCAGCCAUACUUCGACACCCUCAAUGAGGUCGGUGUCGAGAUGACCCUGGGGUUCGGGGACGGUCAUACGAAGUCGCAUGAGGACAGCAGCGGUCAGAAGCUCGAGGCCAUGGUUUAUGGCAUAUUGCAGCCAUGGUCGGCCCGCGGCAUAGUCACCGUCACCUGGGGGCACGGCUAUGCGUUAAUGUGAGACUUUGUGAGUGAGCCCAUUUGUAUACACACGUCUGUCUCACUCUUGUCCCCCGUUCAGCCAUUCAGCGAUCUCCGGGAGUCCCCAUGCCGA